CGAACAACCAGCAACCGACUCAAGCUCCUAACAACGAAGCUCCGCAGCCGACACAACCCACACAAGCCUCAAACAAUGAAGCACCUCAGCCUGGUCAAAACUCAAACUGGAAGGGUCAGGGAGGUAACUCGCAAACCCCGGCCAAUAACGGUAGCCAGAACUCGGACUGGCAAAGCAAUUGGGGAUCGCCCGGACAGACUCAGACUCAGUACACGUCUGCGCCAUCGACGACCUCCGACUCGAGCCAGGCGACGAACCGCGAGUCCCCUGUUCCUACAGAAUCCACUUCCUACGCGAGUACUCCGGCCACGACUCCGUCCCCUCCUGUAUCGAACUGUAAGGUUCGUCGCGCGAGACACUGAGUAGUGGUUUCUAUUGUAGGCAAAUAGCCUUACUGUUAGAUUUGUUGCGUUGAGAGCUUCGUGUGGGAGUUUGCACGCGAAGCACAGAAUUGUUCUAGCCCUUAAACAUGUCGUCCUCGUUCAAGUUCAA